GUCUGCCCGCUGCAUACACUUCAUGGUUUGGGCCACUUAUCUGCAAUAAGUCAUAGACUGAGACCAGCCAGACAGACAGGGGUUUUUUCUUGUCCUUGGUAUUUGUAACCCCCAUGCCUCCCCGGUCUGUCGCGUGAGUUGCGUGGAGCCACAUAUAAGUAUAUCGCGCAUGCAUCCUCCCUUCAGUCACGUCUCUGCCCUAUUUAGUCCUGGACCUGUCCGCUACUUGACGUGUCGAGUUACAUCGGAGCCCCAUCCCAGCACUUUCACAAGCCGAUACUAGGGGAGAAAACCGUCAUCCGAACCUGAGCAAUUGGCGUGCACACGAUAGGCGCUUCCGGUCCAGCAGUAACAGAGCUUUCCGCUCGACCGUUCUGCUUAAGUACACAAUGUCGUACUCGUGGAUAGGGGCCCCGGCCCAAUUUAACGGCACCAAUGACGAGACAGGUGGUGACUCUAGUUACCUCGAUCAGCCUACUGACCAGCUGCCCGGGUCUUUAGCCACCGAAAAUCUGAACCAAUGGUACCAAUCCGGAGACCAGGCCUUUAUCCUGGUUUCUUCGUGUUUGGUACUCAUCAUGGUACCCGGAAUCGCCUUCCUCUACUCCGGUUUGGCCAGGAGGAAGUCUGCUCUGUCUUUGAUCUGGGUGGUCAUGAUGUCCUUUAGCGUGGUAAUUUUCCAGUGGUACUUUUGGGGUUACUCCCUCGCCUUCAGCACCUCGACGACAAACGGUUUCAUCGGCGAUCUCAGCAAAUUCGGCCUCAUGAACACCCUCGGGAAACCCUCACAAGGAUCACCGCUCAUCCCGGAGCUCCUUUACUCGUUCUACCAGAUGCAAUUCUGCGGAGUCACCGCGGCCCUGGUCAUUGGAGCCACGGCUGAGCGCGGUCGUGUCGUCCCCGCCAUGGUGUUCACAUUCUUCUGGGCCACCAUUGUCUACUGCCCUCUGGCCCAUUGGGUUUGGAAUGCCAAUGGCUGGGCCUUCAAGUACGGCGUGCUCGACUACGCGGGCGGUGGCCCCGUCGAGAUCGGAUCCGGAAUGUCUGCUCUAGCCUAUUCUUGGGUCCUCGGGCGCCGCAACGAGAAGAUGAUGCUGAACUUCCGCCCGCACAACAUCUCGCUCAUCACUCUCGGAACCAUCCUCCUUUGGUUCGGCUGGUUGGGUUUCAACGGAGGCUCUGCCUUUGGAGCUAACCUCCGCGCCGCCAUGGCCUGCUGGAACACUUGCUUGACCGCCAUGUUUGCAGCCAUGACCUGGACGCUUCUCGACUUCCGUCUGGCCAAGAAAUGGUCACUUGUCGGUUGGUGUUCGGGAACCAUUUCGGGACUUGUUGCAGCAACACCGGCUUCCGGCUUCAUUCCACCAUGGGCUAGUAUUGUGCUUGGUGUUGUGACUGGUGUCUGCUGUAAUUUUGGUACAAAGGUCAAAUUCCUCCUCCGCAUCGACGACUCCCUUGACGUGUUCGCCGAGCAUUACAUCGGUGGUGUUGUCGGCCUCUUCUUCAACGGCUUCUUCGCGGCCGACUACAUCAUUGGUCUCGACGGUGUCAACACAGGCCUCGUCACCGGCGGUUUCCUGAACCAGAACUACAAGCAACUCUACAUCCAGAUUGCUUUCAUCGUGGCCGCUUCCGCCUACUCGUUUGUCGUCUCUGCGAUCCUGGCCAAGAUCAUUGACAUGAUUCCUGGUCUCAAGCUCCGUGCCGACGAGAAGGCCGAACUUCUUGGCAUGGAUGACGACCAACAUGGAGAGUUUGCCUACGACUACGUCGAGGUUCGCAGAGACUACCUUGCCUGGACUCCUGCAGAGAAGGACCCCAAGGAGGAUGGGCAUGCCGUCAUGCCUCAAUUGGGGAUUGAGGGUCACCAGACCAUCCACGACAACAUCAUCAAUGGCGUUGGAAGCGUGCGGCACACGCCGGCGGUUCCAAACGAUGCUCACACAGCACAGCAGCGCGACUCGGAAAAACCCAAGUCAGUUGACCGUUCCUCUGAAUAAAUAGGGGCCACCAGUCAUGUUUGUUACUUCUUGUCUUUAUUCACACAGAUAAAACACUGUCGAUGUUUUCUUUUUGCUGAGGGGAUAGAUAUUUCUUUUUAAAAAGCUGGAUCAUACUGAUUCAGUCGUCGUCAUGACUGAAUGGCGCUGUAUUCUUUUUUGUUCCUUGGGGGGAGAGUGAACCAGACGAGCUUUGGCAAUUACUCACUAUUUGCCAAGCCAACACACCCUCAAGUCCAAGCUGGUCUAUGUGAGCAUUGUUCGGCGAUUAGCGCUCAAUUUUCCCUUCUUGUUAUUGUAAUAAUACCCAACUGAGUAAACGCACUACCCAAUGGUUCAGCUCUUGUAGGAAUUGCAUUCAGAUAUUUGCAUUGGAUGCACAACAAGGAGACCGGCACAGCUGGGAUUUGUUUUUUUUUUUUUUUUGUGAGGUUCGAGAUGAAUCAUUAUACAAGGGUCAUCCCCA